CACAAGGAGCACAUGCGGCCAGACGGGUCAGUCGAGGUCAGGAUUACAUCAGAGUGUCAGCUGGAGGCAUCACAAGAAUCAACUGGAGCCUCUUUCUCCCUGCCACCUCGUUCGACUACGCAUCCUGCGGUCCGGCCAUCAUGGGUUCCAAACAGAGCAGCCACACGUUUCACUGCAACGAGUUCCUGAAUGGAAAGGGACCCCCUGCACUGAUUACACAAGCUAAUGAGGAGAUGAAUAUCAGGUACAAGGAGCUCAGGAGGGUGCAGCCCGACGGCCAGAUGACCUGGGUGAUCCUCCACCGAGACCUCCCUGGCUACCAUAGCGACAACACGCUGCAGAUCAGCUUCAUCUUCCCCGACGGCGUGCAGACGGAGAGUCACCCUAACCCUGGGAAGCCCUUCGCCGGGCUGCGGCAGUGGGCCUACCUGCCCGAUAACCGGGAGGGCCGCAAGGUCCUGCAGCUGCUGGACAAGGGCUUCAGCCGGGGCCUCAUCUUCACCGUGGCAACCAAUGAGGAAGGAGUGGACAUAGUGUCGCCGGUGGACGUCCCUCUCAAGACGCAGCCAGAUGGCGGGACUUCGAAGACCAGCUACCCAGACCCCGACUACCUGAAGAACGUGAGGAAGAUACUCAAAGACAAAGACAUUGAGUAAGACCAGACAGACGGACAGAAGGACGGAAGAUUGUGGGGACUGACAGAGCCCUGGCGGCACAACGAUUUGAGAUAUGCAGCAGGUCUACCUGAUCGCUAUGCAACAUCUGCCUUAAACUAUGGCUUGAUACCUGGUUAUGUACAUUCCUCGGGUGACGUGACUUGUAAGAGGAACUGCCAAAGCAUCUCUCCAAAGCAAGAUAAAGAAGGUUCUGAUAGACACGAAAACUGAAGAUACAACUGUCGUUAACAGUGUACAGUAUGAUCAGAAUCCAGUCUGUAUUGAAAACUAGAUUUAUAUGAACACACACAGCAAUAUUUUAUCUUAGUGCAUUAUAACAUGCAUGAACUGCCUCUGCUUACCUGUACAAAAGUAUUUUUUUUUCCUUUUUAAAAAUAUAUUUAAUGCAUUAAACAUGCUCCAAUUA